AUGACAUCGCCUGGUGCAUCGUCACCCGAUACCAUCGUUUUUAAUAACAGCGGAGAUCUCUGGCUGACUGUCGGUUCCGUUUCAUCUUCUAAAAUCCUCCACGUUGACUCCAACGCGCUCUGCCGUGCCUCCAAGGUCUUCCGCGCCAUGCUCAGGGGCCACUUCAGCGACUCCAAGCCCGCCAACGACCUGCAUCGUUGGGAAGUGAAGCUUCCCGAGGAUGAUCCAGAAGCUUUUGUUGUUCUCAUGGACAUCGUACAUGCAAACUUCGACCAUGCGCCUUUGAACCUAAAGCCUCAAGAGCUCUACAACAUCUGCGUCAUGACCAACAAAUACAACAUGACCAAGACGCUGCGGCCUAUGGCGACAGCUUGGUACCAAAGGCUCAAGAGCAUGUGCCAGCGCAGUAAGAAGAUGCAAGCAUACAGCAAGAAUCUAUUCCUGGCUUGGGAGCUCGGAUGCCAGGGCGCAGUCGAGGAGAUGCUUCAGGACAUCGCCGAAAAAUGCCACGUCGACGAGUUCGGCAACUUGUUGAUCGAUAGAAAUACUCGGCUGAACAACUUGGAAACUUUCAGACUGAUUCCUUUGAUCGAUCCUAUUGCUCAACACCGCGUCAAGAUGCUCCAAGUCUUCCAUGCAGAAGGCAAGGAGAUAGCAAUCAAGAUUCUCGCCAAACGCCCACUCUGUUGGCAUACCGUCCCUUGCUCUGCUGUGAACCUUGCAGAUGGCAUCCCCGAAAAGUUCAUCCAAGCAACACAAGACCUUGAGAUAGAUUCCUUCUUCAUGCCCUCGUUGAACGCCGACCAACUUGGAUAUCGAGGCAGCGUGUCAAGAUUGCAUCGCCUGUUUAAACAAGUCGAAAGGCUUACAUUUGGAGAGCAUCACCCUCACUACUGGUGCGCACCUUUUCAACGGAGCCCAUUUUCAAGUAUCCUUUCGGCGUGCUAUCAACGACUGGACUUGAUAUUGUCUAGCCGCCAUAUGGACAUGCUCGUGGGCCAAGCAUGCAAGAUUGAGAUGACGGCGUACAUGGGCAGUAAUGACAAAGCCAUUCUGGAAGAUGAAGACAGUGGAGAUGACGGGAACAGUGGUUUUCGAAGCCUGUCGGUUGAUGCUCGAUACUAA